AUGGCGCUGGCGGCCCCGGCCGCGGCCGCGGCGGCGCCGCGGCGGGGAGUCGGGCGGACCGAUCCCUCCAGCCAGGGGCUCGCGUCCGCAGACCGGAUGCGCCCGCGGCCUCCAUCCGUGCAGGCCCAGGAGAGCCUCGCGCAGACCAGUCCAUUUCGGGAGGCGCGGCGCAAAGGCGCGGGCGCUCGCGCGGCCUCGACCGGCGCCGCAGUGGCGGCGGCGCUGAGGGGCCCCCGGGGGCCCGCCCACCGGGUCGGGGCUGCGGAGGGGCGCACGCUGGUGCUGCGGCGAGCCGGCGCCGCGGCCGUGCCGGAGGCGGCUCCCGGGGGGCCCGGGGAGCCGUCGGCGGCGGACAUCCGGGAGAAUUUCGAGAGGGUGGCGCUGCUCUUCGCCCUCAACCACGGGGUCGUCACCACGCCCCUGGGGGUGGCGUCUUCGCUGCUGGCGCCAGAGGUGGCGAACACCGGCAACGGCGUCCUCUUCUCCGCCACGCUGCUGUCCUCUCUGCUGCUUGGGGCGCCGGUGGUCGGCGGCUUCGGGGCCAAGCAAGGGCUGCUAGCAGGCAUGUUGCUUUACUGUGUGUACGUUGGGUGCUUCGGGCUGGCCGUGCUCUGCGACCCAGGGGCGCCCGAGCAGUGGCAGCUCUUCCUGGCUGGUUCGGGCAGCGGCGGGCUGGCCGCGGGGGUGCUGUGGACGGCGCAGGGCAGCUAUCUCUCCAGCUCGGUGGCGGCGCUGGCGGCGGCGGACCCCCCGCGGGGUGCACCCCGCGCAUCGCCGCCGUGCCUGACCGGGGCCAUCCCACGGCGCGUGUAUUCGGACGCUCUGGGCCUCGACCAGGAGGGCGCCAAAGAGGACCCCGGGCGCGACCGCGACGUGUCCUCGGCCGAGCUGUCCCGGGAGGCCCGAAGAGCGCAGAAGCAUGCGGGCUCUGGAUGUCCGUGGGCGGCUGCCGUGCAGGUGCUGGAGGUGGUCAGCAAGCUGGGCUUCUCCGCGCUGCAGGCGCUGGGCCUGGGCGCAGAGCUGGUCGCACUCGGGUACUUCCUGAUUGGGGCGGCCGCGCUGGCUGGGGCUACCUCCGCGUACGACCUCAGCCCCUCGGGGGGCCUGGUCGGCCCCAGGGGCGUGGACGCUGGGCGCGCGCCCGCCGCGGCCACCGCCAAGGUGACGGCGGCGGUGUCGCUGUGGUCCGACCCGGUGCUGUGGCUGCUGGCCCCCACGAACCUCACCUUCGGAUUCUGCGCGGCGUACAUUCGGUUCGCUCCUGCGUGUGGCCGGUACAUGAACGGCUUCGUCAACGGGACCUACGCCACCCAGGAGCUCGGCCGCAGCGCCGUAGCGGGCCUGACCGCGGUCACGGCGCUGGCCGCGGCGCUCCUGGCGCAGGUCUACGGCCCGCUCAGCGGCCGCUUCGGCAAGGGCCUGGUGCUCUGUGUGGGCGCGCUGUCGUUUGCCGCCAUCCCGCUCGCCACCCCGCUGCUGGGCUGCUGCGACGGCUGGGGCUGGGGCGUGCUGGCGCUCUACCUGCUGCAGGGCUCCGGGCGGGCCGUCUACGAGUCCACGAAUCGCGCGGUCUUCUCUGACCUGUUCCGGGCGUUCCAGGGCGAGCGCACGGAGGGCGCCUUCGCCAACUGCCAGCUCCAGUCCUCCCUGGCCUUCGCCCUCUGCUUCUUCCUGCAGGGCUCCCUGGCGGGCGGGCAGCUGCAGGGCGCCGUCGUGGCCCUGGCGCUGCUCACCCCGCCGGGCUUCUUGCUGGCCGAGAGGUCCACUCGGGAGAAGAUGCUGACCUUCACGUCCCAGGCCAAGAGGGACGCGAGGCUGGAGCGGGCGGCGCUGACGCAGGCGAGGGCUGUCGAGGAGCUGGCCAAUCAGAUAGACCAGGUGACCCUCGCGCGCCAGAGCAAGGACGACGCCGUAGACGCGCUGUGCAGCUCACUCGUGAAGACCUCGUGGAUGGAGGUCUUCGGCAGCUUUCCCGAGCACAGCCACGACAUGGAUUUGGUGCCCGCGACGAAGCCCGAGGACACCGAGAACCAAUGCCAGACAGAGAGGCUCAACGACGCCCACGAUUCGACCGCAGAGGGAGAUGCGUCGGACCGCAAGCCGCCUGGCUGUGCCGCUAUCUGGAUUGACAAGUCAGACCAAUCAUUGGACUCGGCUCGGCUGCGUUCUUCUUUUCCCCUGGGCGGGAUGAUAGCAGACAUCGAGCUCCGCGACGGGCAUGCGGUGGUGCAGUGCGAGAAACAGAGGCUGCUGACAGCACCACCCUGA